AUGGCGGCUUCUUCAGAGAAAACCGCGCCAUCAAAUAAUAGGCAGGGCGGAGGGAAGAAUGAAAUUGUUGAGGUUUUUUCAAUACCCAUUUCAACGAAGAAGCGCAAGAGAGGAGAGGAGUCGAAAAAUGAGAGGCAUACAAGUAGCAAAGGCAAGGAGAAACAAGAAAAACCUACACCCGCCUCCGCUGCAAAGAAAGUCAGAUUCCAGGAGGAGGUAACAACUGAGACCAAAGAAAUUGAUGAAAGGCAAAACAGCAUUUUAAAAAGGAGAAAAGAGAGCAGUCUGGUGGAGAAUGAUAAAAAAAAAGAUGAAGGGAAAGAAAAACACUCGAGUGUUGAGGUGCUGGAUCACAUUCACACCAAGAAUAUGAUUGAGGGGUGUGUGAAAUCUAUGAUAAGUGAAGCAAAACAAGAAUUUGGGAAAGAGAACAAGAGUAUUAUGGAUGCCUUUCAAAAUAAGGCGAGACAAGGAAAUGAGAAGCGCAAAGGGUCAGCCUCUUACAAGCACAGGGCUGAUAUGUUUGAUAGUUUACCUUGUUCUCAUUACAUAAGAAGCGAUAUGUUGGAAGCCCCACUGAAUGAUUUUGAAAUUGAAGAACUAAACGAGAAGUGGCGGCAGGUGCAAGAAACUGAGUUGAAAGCUAGGAUUGGACGAGUUGCGUUAAUGAAUGAAGAACUGCAAAUGAGGAUGCCGCGAAUUCGUAAGGAGUCGAAUGAUAAACGUUGUUAGGGUUUUUGUUCUUAGACUAGACGCUUUGCAUGUGAAGAUUUUAUGUUGGCAGUGAGUUAACUGCUGUUCAAACUUUAGACCUUGUUUUAUUGCAUUUUGUUAUUUUGUUCUAUCUUUAGCAGCAACUCUAAUUUCAGCUAAAGUGUAUAGGCUAGGAAAUUUCCAGUUUUUGGCAGUUUGACUGAUGCAAGAUAAGAUGCACGUACCGUUCUUGGCCAUCUUCAUCUAAAGAAAAU